CAUAAUUCCGCAUAACGGAGAAGUAUGUACAUGUACAAGGAAGUGUUAAUUUUUGUAGUUCUCUGCUGCGAAUUACAGCAGGUAUUUAACGAUGAAUUAAAAGUUGCAGGCUAAAAAGUAACUGUCAUGAGUGCAUAACAGAUUCGUCGAUGUGUGCUUGGUGCUCCGCUGAUAAUAUGAAGCUUAGCGAUAGGUGCCAGCCGGCCAAUUCAGAGGAAGCCAGAACAUGCCCCGCAGAAUACUCCCACAGCCCAAAGAGCAAUGUUGUAGUCCAUGAUAAAGACAACCUCAACUUCUCCUCGGCCAACCAACACUCCAUCCAAAUUAAACCACAAAAAAUCAAAAUGAAACUAAGAGUGGGAGAACAAAAGAAAUUCCACUUCUAUUACAAAGCUGUUGAAAAUUUCCCCGUUGACUUAUAUUUUUUGCUGGAUGCCUCGAACACUAUGAAGAAAGUAAGAAAUGACAUUUCCAAAAAAAGUAAAGAAAUAUACGAUGCCAUGUAUAAUUUAACUACCGAUAUUCAAUUGGGAUACGGAACCUUUGUAGAUAAACAUGUGUUUCCUUUUCAAAAUAAUAUGACAAGAAAAUGCUACUCAUUUAAGCAUAAUUUGAAUCUGACAUCCCAAUUAGAGAAAUUUCAAACGGCUUUAAACCAAACAAUUUUUGAAAAGAACUACGACUACCCAGAAAGCGGUUUAGACGGCUUAGCCCAAGUCAUGGCGUGCCAGAAAAGGAUUCAAUUCAGGAAACAAUCCAGGAAAGUAAUUAUAUUGAUAACUGAUAGUCAUUCCCAUCACGCUGGAGAUGGACAUGUUGCUGGAAUUAUAAAACCAUAUGAUGGCGAAUGUUACUUGGAUAAAAAUGGAUACUAUACAAAACAGAAAGAAAUGGAUUAUCCUUCUGUUGGAAUGAUAAAUAAGCUGGCGGCCGAGGAUCAGUUCACAAUCAUUUUUGUGGUGACUCCGGAUUAUAGCGAGACGUAUCAAGUCCUAGCUGAUGCGAUACCUGGAGCGCUCGUGUCCACGUAUGAUAAACGAACAAUUUCCGAGAAAUUGAACAAGUUUUACAAGCACAUUAGUAAUAAUAUACUUCUAGAUGUAAACAUGCUGGCUGAAGACAAAGAUAAAUUCGAAAUUACGUUUGAUCCGGAUUGUAGCAAAAAAGAUAGCUGCAAAGUUGUACUGGGAGAAGAAUUGCGCAUAGAUGGACUGAUAAAAUUAAAAGAAUACUACAAAAAGAAAGAAAACGUUACCAUACCUAUUGUACAGAAAGGAUUAAAAGAGGCUCUAAACUUAGAGAUUCAAAUAAUUUCUAGUUGCGAUUGUGAAUCAGUAAAUGAUUCAAGCUAUCAAAUACAGUCCAGCUUUUGUAAUUUAGCUGGUGAUUUACAAUGUGGCAUAUGCAGUUGCUAUGAAAAUAGAAGUGGUCCAACAUGUGCUUGUAUCGAGAAUAAUUCUACGAGCAGGUUAUCGCAGAACUCGACACUCUGCUUUAACGAAGAUGGCAUCGAGUGCAGCAACAAUGGCAAUUGCGUUUGUGGGGGCUGCAUGUGUAGACCUGGAUUCGCCGGGCAGUACUGCGAAGUGCGAACCGACAAUUGCCAGAGAGACGAUACUGGGGCGCUCUGUUCCGGCCACGGUCGGUGCUGGAACGGCACAUGUGAAUGCAUCAAGGGCUCAUGGGAGGGAGACAAAUGUGACUGUUCUAUGUCAGAAGAGCUGUGUGUGGAUGAUAAUGGAAAUAUGUGCAACAACCGUGGAAAAUGUAAAUGCGAGAAAUGCAAGUGCGACCCGUUGCCCAAAUGGGACGUCCGCGACUACAAAGACAAACAUUGCAACCUGUGGUGUGACGACUGCCACACACAACAAUGCCUGGCGCUCGUUGACUGUGUGGCAUGCUCCCUAAAAAACAGCUCAGAAUGUCACGUAGAAUGUGGGUACAAAGUUGUUAUAGCUAUAGAUGCAAACCAGACAAUAUACAAUAAUGAUAAUGUCUGCGUCAAUGCUAGAGUGUCGUUUGGGUGCUAUGCAAAUUUUUCGUAUUUUUAUAACGAUGAUGAGCAAGGAAUCUUCUUGUAUGGGCUGACGGAGCCGAAUUGUAACGAGGAAUAUUACAAAUAUGGUGCCAUAUCCCUCUUAAGCGCGCUGGUGGUUGGCCUGCUCAUCAUAUGGGGCCUGAAGCUGCUGACGGACGCUCACGACCGCGCAGAGUAUGAACGCUUCUUGCGGACCGAGGACGACGGCGAGGUCAUCGAGAACCUCGUCUACAAGCAGCCCUCUAAUGUGUUUAGGAACCCUAACUUUAAGAGGCUUGGACGCUUGGAGGGGAGCGUAUGGCGAGGCGUGCAGCAGGGCAGGCAAGCGUCCGUUCACCCUAUGCAGCGUCGACUCAGGACACUUUAUACCAUACAGUUUGCGUCUGAUAUCCCGUAACGAAGGUCAAAUAAAAUCUUAUGAGUCGUGUGUGGAUGUCAGAGCGUGGCACCACGAUGGCGCGGUGCGCAGCGGGCACCUCAGAGCGUGGAUCCGGAGUGACAUGCCCUGCUGCGUGAUUUCGGUCUCGACGCUGC